GGCGAUGCGUUCCUGGAGCCGUAUAUGCAAGGCCUUGCUCCUCCGGACUUCUCGUCCUCCCCGCACACCAGCGUCCCUACGGUCAAUGCGAGCAGCGCCGAGCAGACCCCACACACCGCGACGCCGGAAGACGGCGAAAGCAUCACCUCAUCUCCUGUCGGCGAUAACCACAACACUCUAGCAGACCUCUCUGCACAGCUCAGAUUCCUCGAGCUAGAUGCUAGCGCGGACAGUCUGGACCAGGGCCAUGACUCCAGCCUGUCAUCCUCUGCAGCUAGCAGUGAAGUUGGUGGCAGUGGUGAAGGUGGCAAUGCACCCUGUAAUAUCAGCCUGCUAGAGAGACUGAUUCGCAGCCACCCAGUAUGGUUCCUCCCUGGCAUCCAGCGCGCAGGGGCCUUCCACCUCCUGCAGGGAAAAGAGGAAGGAAACUUUGUGGUUCGUCAGUCAAGUCAGCCUGACACAAUGGCUAUCUCAGUGCGUCUCCCUGCAGGCAAGGGUCCGUACAUCGAGCAUUACCUCAUCCAGGCAGUUGAUGGAGAGUUGAGCCUCGAGAGUUCUGACAACCGAUUUAGCAACAUUCCCUCACUCAUUGCCCAUUACUCUCAGUGCUGUGAUGAACUCCCCGUGCAGUUGACAUUGCCCCGAGCAAUGCGAGAAGCCAAGAACCACCAGCAGCUGUCCUCUCUCGCUCUGCUUGGUCAGGAGUUCUGGAGGUAUCCAAUGGCUAAUCCACGACCCCCAGAACAGCAAAAUCAGCAGCACUCUGAGACAUCAAGUUCACAGCAGAGAGUAGCAGUUGGAGAAAGCCUCCAGAGCCCCCCUAGCAGUGGUAGUAGUCUUAGCAGCCUUGGGAGUGGAAACAAUAACCACAACAGUGGGCAUGACAUUGCAGCAAGAACACCAAGCUCAGAGCUGGGAGGUGGUUCUGGUAUUGGGGAUGCCAUUGUUUUAAACCUUGCACCACUCUCUUCAACUGAACAUUCGCAGCAACCCCAAAGCUUAAUGAGCACAUUCAAAGGAAGUGGUGCCAGCUCUAGUUGUGAUGUCAUAGGUAGUCCAUCUUCUCCAACUAGCAGUAGUGUGGUACCAGGUGUCGGUUCAGCUAUUGUGGUGACAACUGCAAGUACAUCAUCUAGCAUUGCUGCCACAGCUCUGGUCAGGGGCCCAAGGCCUACACCUCCGAACACACUUAACCUCAUGUGUUCCGCCUCAUCUCAUACUAGUUCACUGGCAGCUUCAGGCAUGCGGUCAGCCUCCAACAGUCCUGCACAGUUAGUGUCGCCCCCCUCCACCAACUCAACUAAUGGAGAUGGCUCACGUGCAGGACCUCUAGUUUUGUCCGGAGGAGGAGGGGGAGGCAAGACUCCACCUCCACCACCACCUCGCUGGGCCAAACCCACAACUCUGACGUCAGCAGCUCUCCCUGGUCAGAACUUCACUGUGACAACCACUGUCACCUUCAGUGUGAACCACAACACAACACCUCCUCCCCAUGUGGAGGUCUCAUGUGUGCAGGUAACCCCAAAACGGCCCCAAAUGGAGUCAGAUGGUCUGCAAACAAUGUCUUCACACUGUAGCAGCGCAAGCACAUUAGAGCAAUGUGGAGUUCGUCUUCAUCAAGUGAUGUCCCCAACAACUCCUAGUGACAUCAGUAAGCUACCUGGAAAUGGACGGGGAAAGAAACAUCGCCCUAGCCAUGGUCGCCAAACCACCAUCAAGGAAUCUCACCAUUAUCAAGAGUCGGAUAUCUUAGAAUCACCCACUGUAUAUUAUCGAAGCUCUGUUGCUGAUAAAGUCUCAGAUUAUGAAGACAUUUGGGGUCCAGAAAUGUUGUCUACGUUCAAACCACCUCAUCCAUUCCCACGCUCAUCUCCUUUCUCUUCUCCUGAAGAUAUCAGCACAAGUAGUGGUGGAAACAAGAAAACUCCAGAUCUCUUAGAAAGAAUUACUACCCCUGUUUCUGGCAGUUGUAUUUCUCUUAAUUCAGCCAAUGGGAAUUUAAAAGAUCAGCAACAGAGAAAUAGGUUGGGCCUUGUUAUAAACACUGGAAGCUGUACCAACUCUGUCACAAACUCACCAAUGUCCCCUCUGGGUACAGAAACGAAACAGCAAUCUGAGGAGCCUGGAAGCAUGACUCCAAAGAACACAAAACAAGGAAGUCCUUUCUAUGCAGAGCCAGCUGAUGCUCUGAGGCAGGCAGCUUUGGUACCCCGAAGACGACCACGGCCAGGUGGACAGCAGAUUUUCCAACAGCAGACACGAAAUCAUAGGCACUCAGAUCCUGCCUCUUUCCAACAGUGGCCGGUUUUACCACAUCAUACAGGUCAGCUUGAGAGGAUAGACUCAAAUGAUGAGCUGACAGCAACACCGCUCUCUUCAUCUGUUGACAACCUUGCACUGCUGAAACCCUCUCGAAAUGGGGCUACCAGCCAGCAGAAUAUCAACAGACCUCGAGGAAAACCAGUUCAACCUCCAAGAAUUAGGCCUAAAAAUAUGAGAGGAAAAUGUUUCAAUGAUACAUCAUGGGCUGUGGAUUCCAGUUGGGAGUUCAUAGGCAAUGAAGAUGAUGGUGAAGAUAGUGAGCAUGGUGAAGGGGGACUAGAGGAGCGUGAGCGGAGGUUUCCUACAUUAGAGCAGCAAGAAAAUUCACUUGGUGUUGGGGAUGGCAUGUCCUCAGGAGGCAGAAAGAUAACAGUACAGGACCUAAUAGCACAGAGAUUUCCAUCCCUGAGGCUGUCUCCUGAGAUUUUAUCACCAAAUGUUCUCCCUGGCAUUUCUUCACCUCUUGAUUCACGUAUGUCAUCAUACGAUAAUGUUGAAGGUCGUAAUGGCGGCAGUCAUGAUAUUAUUGCCUCUUCUAAUCACAAUCACCACAAUGUCACACUGCAUCAUAAUCAUCCUAGCAGUAACCAUCACUGUGCCUCACAAAUUAGUGACAAUGAAGACACACAGACUGUCUUCUCAGAACCAUGGGACAGUUCUCGGUGGGAGAAUCUAUUGCAUCCAGACCACACAGAGACUAAUUUGAGUCUAGGAUCUAAUUCUGUGGUGCAAGUUAUGGGACAAACACCGCUAUUGGGACCUGAGGAAGAUGACACAAUGUGUGGCACCAACACAAACAGAAUCCAUUCAAACCACAUGGUAAAUGGAUGCACCAGCAACAAUGGCCACAUCAGCAGGACUAAAAGCUUCAAGGAAAGGCUGGAUCCUCUGCUGUCUCCUCCCAGACUGCAGGCACUGAGGAACCGUGACCUGGGAGGAACAGGGGCAUCCAUCAGAGCUUAUGCCUUGCACCUUGCUGCAGAUAAGAGUACAACAUUUGCACAAAAUAUUGAUAACUUCAUUGCAUGUACACGGGACUCACGUGAAACCAACCCCCAAGUGGUGAUGCGUAAUAUGAGACAGUUCAUGUCUGGUAUGAAGAAUUACCUUGUCAAACAUGGAGAGCGUGAGUUCGAAAAGGAAGUUGAGAAAGAAAGAGUGAAGCUGAAGUCUACAGAAUUUCUGAAUCUGGAUGCCAUCUUAGAAAGUGUGAUGCACAAGCUGGUUGUGAGGCCCCUGAAAGAGCAUCUAUAUCAGCUGUUUGUGGAGGAGUACACACGCACCGGUGCAAUCCAACUGCUGGCAGACAACAUCCAGUAUGCACGUACCAAACCAAUGCAUGAGCUAGGUGUCCGUGCCAGGAUAGCUCCCCCCUCAGAGGAAGCUCUUGAAACCAUCUGCCAUCUACUGACCAAAUUGCAGGAGGUAGACUCCCCACUUGACAAGCUGGAGAGUCUACUCGCUUGCAUUGGAACAAUUUUCAACUCGGUGAAAUCUGCAAACCAAAGGUGUGUAGCGCUGGGAGCAGAUGACUUCCUACCCUUGUUUGUGUGGGUGUUGGUACAAAGUGGAAUGUUGGCUGCAGAGAUAGAAGCUGAUUACAUGUGGGGGCUGCUGCACCCCUCACUUCUGUCUGGUGAGGGAGGAUAUUACCUCACGACGCUGUCCAGUGCAGUUCACGUUCUCAAGAAUUUCAGAUUGUGUUCUGAAGAACAGAGCAAGACGCUGGGCCCAGGAGCAAGUCUUGAUUGGAAAGUGGCAUCACUGACAGAGUUCCGGUCAGUUUUGAAGAUUGUUGUGCCAGAUGAAAUGCAUGGCUCUAUCAUCACAAAGACUCUUCCAGUACGGCCAAACAUGACCACACGUGAUGUGUGCAAGAUAAUUGCUCAUAAGGUCCGCAUUACAAAUCCUCAAGAUUAUGGUCUGUUCAAGCUAGUUGAUGGGGAAGAGACGCUCCUGGCUGAUGGAGAAUGUCCGCAGGACAUCAAGGGAAAUGUGGCCCAGGCUGGCAAACAUUGUAUGUUUGCUUAUAAAAGGAUAGAUGCAAAAAUUGCCUGGCCUAGAACAUCAUCGCCUCAUUAGAAAACUGCAGCAACCAAACCAUGGCUUGCCCACUGUUGUCACAUCUUGCCAUGUAAAAUAUUGUUACUUCUUGUGGGUGGAAGUGCAUGUAAGAACUUCUGUAAAGAGGAGUAUAAUUUUGGUAUUGGCAUGUUAAACAUGGCAUAAUAGUUUGACCCUGAUGCUCUUACUUGCCAGUUUCAGUGUUCACUGUUACUUGCAGAAUAAUACUACCUGAUCAGAGGAGCUGGUAUUAGUUUCAUAUUUUCAGUAUCUAAUGUAAUUAAUUUGACCACAGAGAUGUCAGCCAAACAAAAAUGGUCAUGUCUCCUACACUCAGUUUUAAUUUUCAUUAAAUGGGAGACUGUAUUACACUGUGAAUAAAUUUAGAGAUAACAUUGACAAAAUAUUUUUAAAACUGCCAAAAAUCUUCAAACAUACUGGCAUAACUUUUUUGUAAAAAUGAAAUAAGUUAUUACUUUUUUUGAGCAAUAUUUGAGAAAAGAAAUUAAUGUAUUUAGGAUGCCAUUUAUGUUUCUUAAGCAGUGAGAGUUGUGACGAACAUUUAAGUUAAAACAAUGGAGCAGCUUUCAAGAUGGCAAGCUCAAUAUUAUUGAAACAAGAAGUGUAUAUAGUUUUGUAAGAUUUAUUGUUUAGACUGUGAUUGGAAAGUGACUUUUCACCAGUUUUUCCUCAUAGUCCUCUAGGCCUUUGUACUCUGCUACUUCUAGAUUAUGUUAUGAUCCUACUCUGUAUGUUUGCAUUGUCAGCCAUUAAUUAUUUUGUGGGAUUGUUUGUGAGAUACAAAUGAAGUAUUGCUUGCAGAAAUUUAAAGUCACUGUACAUUCAGGUUACUUGCAUAACUCAGUUCACUCUAUAGUAACUGAAAAGGUGAACAAGAAUGUUGAUUCUUGGCAGCAUACGUUAAUUACACUAUAGCUUUUUAUAUGCUUAAUUCCUUUACAGAACAAAUAGAAUUAAAUGGAAAACUGCAAAUUGUUUUCAAAUCCUUGAUGGGAAUUGGGGACAUACUCAAUUUAUUUUUGGCUUAAGCAGGGAGGUUCUCAAGCACCUAACUUUUAACUAGAUUUCAUUGAUAUUUAAGGGGCCUUAAAACUGUAGUACCAUAUUCCAACCAAGUCUUUUCAAUUUAUAUAUUUGUAAAAUAUUUCUACUCCAUUCUGCAGCAUGACCACUUUUUUUACUAAUAUGCUAGUCAUGAAGCGAUUGAUUGAACUGAACCUUAAUUAAUGGCUACUAUCUUUACAGUGCUGCUCAUACUGGUUACAUACUCUUUACUUCUGAGUAUUAGACUGUAAUGAAGAUAUUUGUAUGUUUUUUAUUAUGUAAAAACCAUGUUUUGUUUUCUUUCUUUUGUUCACAUCACUUAAUAUAAUAUAAUUCAUCAUGUAUGUUAAUUGUCUUUUGUAAUUAAACAGAAAAUGUUUUUCUAGAUCACA